AUGGACAACAUGAGUUCGCCCGUCGUGGUCUCCCUGCCUUGGCAUUUGCUUGCAAUGUACCGAAUGCCAAAGAUGAAGGUUCCGGAAGCAGAUUUGAGCUCAUUGAUUUGCUCUGGUGAAGAUGCCAACAACGCUCCUGCCCUUGCCCGUGCUAGCUUUGGUAUUGCCGUCAAGUGUGCUACUGACGCCGCUUGUGGUGACGCCGACAUUGUCCUCUGGAAUGCGCGUGGUCAUCCACAUUUUCAAGCACCCAGUUGCCCCCAACAAUCCCAUUCCCGCAACAAGCUCCAGGGAACACCUUCCAGAGCUGCCUCCAUAAAUGAGUCGCUCUACUUCAACCGUGCUAGCUUCAUCCCGCGUGAAGCUCGGUCCUCAGAGGCCGUGUCCAUGCCAAUGACCAAGAACUCCAAAGUUUAUUCGUCAUCUGGAGCUGCCGGGGGGAUUGAGCAAUAG